AUGACCAUCCAGACGCUGCAGCCACCAGCCGUCGACACCAUCCCACGGAGCCCAUCUGCCACAUCAGUAGCCUCUUCCUCAUCUACAUCAACCAGCAGCUGCAAAACAGAAGAACAAUCAUCACCAGUGUCGCCCACUUUCAGUCCACGUUCAUCGCCCAUGAUCCGUCUCUUCAAAAGGUUCAAAAGGAGGGACGGAACGCUGCCAUUCAAGCUUGAUGACGAUGUAUCUGCUGACGCGGUGGCGUCUGAGUGCAAGGAUCAGCAUGAAUCCGUGCUGCGGGAGACGAUGUUUGUUCAUGGUGGUGAUGAGUGUCGGGGAGUUAGUGAGGUUACGACGAGCUCGGGUAGUGUAGUGGCUGUUGAGCAGAUGUAUGUGCAGGCUGAGGCGUGUCUGUUUGGACGAGGGUGUGAGAAAGAUGAGGUGCAUGCUGUGGAACUCGUUAGGGAGAUUUUGAGUGUUGAUGAAGCACAUGUGCAAGCUCAGGCACUCCUGGGCUUCUGUCACGAAUUCGGUCUAGGCACACACCAAGACUUUGCAUCCGCCGAACGCUACUACCUCUGUGCCGCACUAGACAACAACGCAUUUGCACAAUCCCGUCUGGCCUUUCUCAAACGAUACGGUCGCCCAGGGAUCAAAAUCGAUAGACUAGAAGCCGAAACAUGGACGAAACGCGUCAACGAGCACGGCGCCACCGCGCUAGACUGGAUUCGCCAUAUUGCAGAUACAGACGAUAUCGCAUCUGCACAGUACGCUGUAGGUGUAUGCUACCAUGAUGGUGUGGGUGUGGAGAAAUCGCCUGCGAUUGCCUUCCAAUACUAUUUGAGGAGUGCGGGUGCUGGUGAGCCGAGGAGUAUGGGAAUUUUGGGAUAUUGUUAUGGAGAAGGGUUUGGAGUCGGUAAAGAUGAGAGGACUGCUUUUGCGCUGUAUUUGAAGGCUGCGAAUCUAGGGGAGAGUGUGUCAAUGUAUAAUACGGCGCAUUGCUACGAAGAGGGGCUGGGUGUUACGAAGGAUCUCAAAGAGGCGUUAAGAUGGUACAGACAAUCUGCCGCACUAGGAAACUGCUACGCCCAAAACUCCCUGGGCUACAUGUACGAAGAAGGUCUCGGCGUCGACCGCGACGAAGUCCAAUCCGUCCGACACUACAAACAAUCAGCAGAACAAGGAUAUGCGUGGGCAGCAUGUAAUCUUGGAUUCUGUCUACAGAAUGGCCUCGGUAUUGAAAAGAAUGAAGAGCUGGGCGCGUACUGGUACCAACAGGCUGCCGUGCAGGGGCAUUCGAGGGCAAUGCAUAACCUUGGACAUGCAUACCAAUACGGAAUCGGCGUUCUUAAAGACGAGAAGAUGGCUGUUGAGUGGUAUCGACGCAGUGCAGCUACACGUAACGCAUUCGCGUUGCAUUCGCUUGGGUAUUGCUACCAGUAUGGUAUUGGCUGUGAACCAGACGACGCAGUCGCCGUCCGCCUCUACCACGAAUCAGCACUACUAGGCCACGCACCAGCUCAACUAUCACUAGGCUGCUGCUACCGUAAUGCAGUUGGAGUUCCCAAAGACGAACAGGUGGCGUUUCGAUGGAUUCGGUUGAGUGCACUGGGCGGUAAUGAUUUGGCGCAGAAUACACUGGGGCAUUUAUAUGAAGAUGGAAUUGGAAUCAAAAAAGACAUUCGUAAAGCAGUUCAUUGGUAUAAUUUGAGUGCCGCGCAAGGAAAUGUGUGGGCUCUUACUAAUCUGUCGAUUCUACACGCCGAAGGCCGGGGCGUCCGCCAAAAUCUUCAAGAAUGUGUGCGGCUCCUUCGUCUUGCCUCAGACGCAAAUCACUCGCGAGCCCAGCUACGUCUAGCACACAUGCUCCUUGCAGGCAAAGGCUGCCAAAUGGACGCUUCAGAAGCCGUGCAUCUCCUCGAACGAGCUGCUCGUGCUGGCUCAGUAUCUGCAGCACUGCUAUUAGGCCAAUGCUGUGAAAAGGGUGAAGGGAUGCCACAUGGUAUGCCGGAUGUUGAAAAGAGUAUCCAGUAUUACGAGUUGGCUGCUAGUUGGGGAGAGACGAGAGCUGCUGAGCGGUUGAUUGUGCUGUUGAGUUCGCAUGGUGGAGAGUUUAUGGAUGUGUUUGGUGAUCAUGUUGCUCCUGCUGCUUAG